UUAUGUUGUACGCCGCCCUGAGUCCUUUGGGAGAAGGACGGCAUAUAAAUCCAAUAAACAAACAAACAAAAAACUAUCAUAGGAUAUGCAAUAUAGAUAAUUGCAUGCUACAUAUAAAUAAAUUGUCAAUUUUUUAAAAGGAAUUUAUCUGCCCAUUUAAGGGAAGAUCAAAAAUCAAAGCUCAAGAGGGCUUAGUUGCAAACACUAGUGGGAUAAUAAAUAUGCCUUUAUCAAAAUAGAUUUAUGUAGAAAAUAAUAAUUGCAUCCAGAAGGAACAAGAUUGAUAAAAGAUUUGUUCAUCCAGUGAUCAUAAUUACAACUUUUUAAUUUUAUGAAGCAGCUAGAGAUUUGAACUCACUGGAAUGAAAUGGUUAUGGUGUAGGGGCUCAUGGGAAAAAGUAUGAGUCUACUUACAGAUGUAUGUAUCUAAAUCUAAUCCCAGUCCACUGAAUUAGAAAACGAGGCAUGCUUCUAAGUCACAAACCCAGUUAGUUAUUUCUUUCUUAAACUAUUUUUUAUGACAUGUUUUACUUAUUGAUCCUACAAAAUAAAACUUUUUUUCAAUAAAAGUUCUGGUAAUUAAGUAAGCUUAAUGAUGUGUUAGUGUUUCAUUUAUAGCAGUGAUUCUUAAAGGGUGGUCCUAAAAUUCUGGGAAGUCUCCCCAAGACUCUCAGGGGACCACAAGAUCACCAUUAUUUCCCAGCCUAUGUUGAAAAAUAAUGCAAUAUUAAAACUCCAACAAGCAAUUCUUAGAAGUGGUACCAACAAAUGUGUCAGUUUUUGUUUUUAAUACAUGAAAUAUUGAUAAUUGCCUCCAUACACACAAAUCUCUUGAGGUCCUUCAUAAUUUUUAAAAGUGAGAAGGGUCCUGAGAAAAAAAAAGUUUAAGAAAAACUGAUUUAUAACUAUAUUUAGCUAUAACCCUCAAAGUUGCUUGGGUGCUAUUAUGUAAGAAUCACUCAAAUCUUUCCAUCUAAUGUUCCUCCUUGUUCAAUCAUAGUUUAAUUAUUAUAGAUUGAAGCAGGUUGGAAUAUCAUAAAAGACCCAGGUGGCAAGGAUCAGUGCUUUGGGUUCAUUUUCAAGAAGGUAAUUUUGAAACCAGGGGUACAAAAAAUAGCAUCUGUUUGCUUUCCUUGGAUCACAGGAAUCUCUAAACCUAACAUGGUUAUGUUGUCCUGGAAGAUAGUGCCUAGCUGCUCUAAUCUUGCAGAUGUUCAUUAAAAGGUAUUUUUCCCACAUGUAUAUUAGAGCUUUUGAUAAGUAAUUGGGUUAUAUUGGAUUAAAUCUAGAAUGACCAUUCUCUGAAUGGAAAAUCUUACAUGUAGAAGGAAGUGGAAUCCAGCAGAGGCUCGUGCCAAGGUGGUAAUGGGGAGGAGUUGAUUUUGCCCUUUCUUAUGGACAGGUAAGCAACAGGUAGAAAUUGUUGGAACCAUCUCAUUUAGAUGUUCUAAUUAAAACUGAUUCUAAAUCCCUGGAUAAUUGAUUCAGAUCUAUGUUUAAGCAAGUAUAAUUGCUUUCAUUUCAUCUUGCAUUGUGAAGACAAUAAGGCUAAUGUGAAAUUUAUGAUGUGAGCAUAGAAAUCAAGUUUCAUUCUGAUCAGUCUUAAACAUCAAGGGAGAGAAAACUAUUAUACUGUGAUUAACUUGAAGAAACAUUGCCAUUCUGAAAUGUCAACCUAAUUAAUUCAAUAUCCUUUUAUCAGAGGAAGUAGAUAAAGUUUUCUGCAACACUAGUAUGAACUGAUGUUGCUCCCAGGUCUUUAUUUUGCUAUUAUGAGGUACAGCCUUUAUAUAUAAGCAUUUAUUUUUUACCUUAGAAAUAUUUUGAGCAUUCACCCAGGUAUAUAUUACCCUUAGAGGGAAAGAAUUUAAUGGAGAACUGAAUUUAUAAUUAUUAUAUUCUAUAUUACAAUAUUAAAUAUAUUGAAGCAUUUGUGCUUAGAUGGAGAUGAUCCUAAUCAUCAGUAUAUUGGGUCUUGGAUCCUGAAAAUUUCUCCAUAUAUUUUUUCCUCUCAAUAACUCACUUUACAAGGUGAGGAUUUUCCUUUACUAAAACAACCAAGCUUUGAUUGUACGGGUAAUCCUCGAUUUACAACUAUUAGUGACCAAAGUUACAAUGGCACUGAAAAAAGACACUUAUAUGGCCAAUUUUCUAACUUACAACCAUUGCAGCAUCCCCAUGGCUACAUGAUCAAAAUUUGGGUGCUUGGCAAGUGGCAUGUAUUUAUGACAGUUGCAGUGUCCCGAGGUCAUGAUCACCUUCUGCUAUCUUCUAACAGGCAGAAUCAAUGGGGAAGCCAGAUUCAUUUAAUAAACAUGUUAUUAACUUUAACAACUGCAGUGAUUUGCUUAACAACUGGCAAGAAAGAUCUUCAAAUCGGGCAAAGUUUAUUAUAAUGCCAGAUGUUGCUUGUCCAUAGGUAAACACAUUUGUAUAUAUGGCAAUCAUAUGGAUUAAUUUAAAUAUUGACCAGUUUCUUUAACAAUGAAAUUAGCUUUAUUCUGAAUGUAUUUGAUAGUUCAAAAGUAUUUUUAAUACAGUGUCAUAAAUUGUCAUAAUUGUGGGCAUAGAUGGUUUUAAAGAGAAAUUAUGAAAAAAAAAUGGAUUCCAUUAGUAGUAGCUAUUGGAUAAUAUUUUUCUUAGGGGGGGGGAGAAAUAAGUAACUGUAAUCUCAUCUUUAUUAUUCAUUUAUAAACAACUCAAGGUGGUGAGUGUAUCUAAUACUCCUUCUUCCUCCUAUUUUUCCCAACAACAAGAGGCCUGUGAAGUAUGUUGAGCUAAGAAAGAACAACUGGCCCAAAGUCAUCCAACCAGCUUUCAUGCCUGAGGCAGGACUAGAACUCCAUAUCUCCUAGCUUCCAGCCAAGUGCCUUAACCAUUAGAACAAACUGCCUCAUUUUUCCCUUUUUUUCAUGCAACAGAGCUUUUAUCUCGAAAAAUUCAUAUGGUAGACAAUGUUACUAGCCCAGAUAAAUCGGGAUUCUCAGGGAAUGACAGAGUUCUCUGGAGGAGGGAUGGAAGCUCAGCAUGUCACUCUCUGUUUAACAGAAGCUGUAGCUGUACAAGAUGGAGACAACUUGGACAAUAUGGAAGGAGUGAGCUUACAGGCAGUUACUCUUUCUGAUGGAUCCACUGCCUACAUACAACACAACUCAAAAGAUGGCAAAUUAAUGGAUGGCCAGGUGAUACAGCUGGAAGAUGGCUCAGCUGCCUAUGUCCAACAUGUUCCCAUGUCUAAAAGUAAUGUAGGAGACAGUCUUCAUUUAGAAGAUGGGCAGGCAGUUCAGCUUGAAGAUGGAACAACAGCCUUUAUACAUCACACUUCAAAAGACAGUUACGACCAGAGUGCCCUGCAAGCAGUACAACUAGAAGAUGGGACCACUGCUUACAUUCACCAUGCAGUACAAGUGCCACAAUCGGACACCAUAUUAGCUAUUCAGGCAGAUGGCACAGUGGCAGGUCUUCACACGGGAGAUGCUACUAUUGACCCAGAUACCAUAACUGCUCUCGAACAAUAUGCAGCCAAGGUGUCUAUUGAUGGAAGUGACAGCGUUAGUAGCACUGGGAUGAUAGGUGACAGUGAACAAGAUAAAAAAAUGCAGAUUGUCUUGCAGAGCCAUGGCACAAGAGUAACAACUAAGUCCCAGUCAACUGGAGAUAAGGCUUUUCGCUGUGAUUAUGAUGGCUGUGGAAAAUUGUACACUACUGCUCAUCACCUUAAGGUACAUGAAAGAUCACACACAGGAGAUCGGCCAUAUCAGUGUGACCAUCCAGGUUGUGGAAAAGCAUUUGCAACAGGUUAUGGAUUAAAAAGUCAUGUCCGAACUCAUACUGGAGAGAAGCCUUAUAGAUGUUCAGAAGAAAACUGCACAAAGUCAUUCAAGACUUCAGGAGACCUGCAGAAACAUAUAAGAACCCAUACAGGUGAAAGACCCUUCAAGUGUCCCUUUGAAGGAUGUGGUAGGUCAUUUACAACAUCUAACAUCAGAAAGGUUCAUAUCAGGACACAUACAGGAGAAAGACCAUAUUAUUGUACAGAGCCAGGAUGUGGAAGGGCAUUUGCCAGUGCAACUAACUAUAAGAAUCAUGUGAGAAUACAUACAGGGGAGAAGCCUUAUGUAUGUACAGUCCCUGGCUGUGAUAAGCGUUUUACUGAAUAUUCCAGUUUAUAUAAACACCAUGUGGUACAUACGCAUUCUAAACCUUACAACUGUAAUCACUGUGGAAAAACAUACAAACAGAUUUCUACUCUUGCAAUGCACAAGCGAACAGCACACAAUGAUACUGAGCCAAUAGAGGAAGAACAAGAAGCUUUUUUUGAGCCACCUCCAGGUCAAGGUGAAGAUGUUCUCAAAGGAUCACAAAUAACAUAUGUAACGGGUGUUGAAGGAGAAGAUGUUGUUUCACAAGUUGCUACUGUGACUCAGACUGGGCUGAGUCAGCAGGUAGCACUUAUUUCUCAAGAUGGAACUCAGCAUGUUAAUAUAUCUCAGGCUGACAUGCAGGCCAUUGGAAAUACUAUCACUAUGGUAACACAAGAUGGCACUACCAUCACAGUCCCUGCACAUGAUGCAGUUAUUUCUUCUGCAGGAACACAUUCUGUUGCAAUGGUCACCGCGGAAGGCACGGAAGGACAACAGGUUGCCAUUGUGGCUCAGGAUUUAGCAGCUUUUCAUAGUGCUUCACCAGAAAUUGGACAUCAGCAACAUGGACAUCAUUUAGUCAGUGCAGAAUCUAGACCUGUUACUUUGCUGGCAACAUCCAAUGGAACACAAAUAGCAGUGCAGCUUGGAGAACAACAGUCUUUGGAAGAAGCAAUUCGAAUAGCUUCCAGAAUACAACAAGGUGAAACACCAGAAAUUGAUGAUAAUUCAUAACUUGGCUAAAGGAACUAUAGAAUUCUAUUUUAUUUUUGUUCAACAAAAGUCUAUGCCAGGUGAAAAUCAUAAAAUGUUUUUCCUCCACUAAUACUGUGCAUAUACUUUACGCAACAGUGAAGAACAUUUAAAGUGUAUAAUGUUUAUGUAUAAGAACUUUGGGAAUACCAAAUUCCAUCUCUUAAGAUUCAUUAUUCUCUACCCAGGACAAAGAAUUAGGUUUUGUAUUAAAUUUACUUGCUUAUAUUCCAAACCAAACUAAAGACAAGCAACAGUCACAGAAGAAAUGCUGGAAUUAAUUUUAAAGUCAUACAAAAUCAACGAAGGCAUUAUUGAAGAUUUCAACUCUUUAAAUCAUAACAGCAAUCAUCAUUCAAAAUCCUUUGGAAGCACGAAUUUAAUUGUUUCUUAUAUGCAGUUUUGAAUUUUGAAACCUUUGUAAAUAUUCCAUUUUAAUUGUGGUUCAUACACAUGUUGAACAUUUAUCAUUUUUUGUUUCCUCUGCCGUCUCACUGAUUGUAAAUACAAACAAUUGCCAGAAUUGCUAUUAUAUUGUCUUUGAAUUGGAUUAUGUAUAAAAUGAAACUUUGGUUGUUCAAUAUUAAAGGAAUUAAAACUGGUGUUUCUACUUA